AUGGCAAAUGUGAUCCAGGGAAGUGAGCAGCAGGCACCUGAAGUCCAAGUUCAAAUUGAUGAGAAUCCUGCUAUUCAACAUGUUGAAGAACACUUGCAAGGGCAAGAGAAACAAGAGGAUGAGCUGGGAGUGGCAAACAUCCAAAUUGAAGUACUCGUACAAGAUUCGCAAAAUGUUGACAAUAACCAAGUGCAAGAUAGACUUGAGCAGCGUGCUCCUAGAGGUGGAACACCACCGCAUUUCGAUAUUGAACUACCGCUGGAAUAUGUGAAUGGAAUAAUUCGUCCUAUCCCGAUAAGGCCACGCAAUCAUUAUGCCGAAGCGCAUGGGGAAAUCAACUUUGGGGUCUUCCAGAAUGCUCAAGAUCUGCCGGCAUCACCGCCACCAACACCGAAACCGCCGGACUAUGUGGUAACGCAUGGGGAAAUCAACUUCGAAACCUUGCAACAUGUUCAAAAUCUACCAGUAUCACCGCCACCAGCACUGAACGGAGUUGGAUCAAUGUUUGUCGUUCCGCUGUUUCAAUCUCAUCCAGUUGGACAGUCAUCCAAUAAUGUAACCUAUAAUUUCAUUUUCCCCCGCGAAGUGAUCGCACCGAUGCCAAUGCCCAUGCCUUUCCCAGAACAAAUUGAAGAACGUCCGUUUGAGGCAGGCCAUCCAAAUUGGUAUGUAGGAAUGGGAAUUCCUGGUUGGGAUGAUAUUCUUUUAUACUCUCCACCACCCCCAGACCCAUUCUAA